CAGUACUUUGUUGUCUAGUAUAUUAAUUCAGGUAAAUCAUCUAACAGUUAACGCAGCAAAUGUUAAACUGGAAGCACGGAAAUCUUAAUUUAAAAUUUUAAACAACCAUGUCCAACACUGCUGAAACUGUUGAAACGUCUGCGAUUUCUCCCGACUGGCGGCCAGAGAUCCCGGGAUUACCAAUUUGUUGAAGCAUGUCCUGACCACCGGGCACAUGGGCGAUGUCCAGUUUUCAGUGGGACGGGAUCACGAUUUAUCCUCAGCCUCAACAGCGACGUUUUUGACGCAAUGUUCAAUGGAGAACUGCCGGAAAGCGGUCCAGAGCCCAUCGAUAUUCCUGAGAUUUUGCCAGAAGCAUUUAACGUGAUGCUCACGUACGUACUCUUAAGGUUUUUUGUUUUUGAGAUUUACGUAUCGCAUUGCCGUGAGCAGUAAAAUCCAUGGAAUAACGUUGCUGGGUACUUGCAUCUUGUUUCAGUUAUAUGUACACGGGUUCAGCCGAGGAACAACUAGGAACAGAGAAUGUUUUGCAGACUAUUUACUGCGCGGAUAAGUACAACUUGCCCGUGCUUUUAAAAGUGGGCCUGAAAUUCCUGAACAGCAAGCUGAAGAUCACCAACUGUCUGGAGAAUUUAGAAAAUGUCGGUUUGACAACUUUGCGCGAUAGAAGUCCCGUUAAAAAUUACUGCUGUUGACCGGUGUCUCACAGGUUAAAUAUUUGGUGCAUGAUUGUGCUAUGGCUUUUGUGGAGCAGCGCCUGGAGUUUGGUGGAUACAUACGCUAGAAAUAUUUUGCCAUCGAAACAGUUUGUUGCGAUUAGUCAGGGUACACUGGGAAUGAUUCUGCAACGGAAUUCUUUGUCGGUGGAUGAGAACACACUUUACAUGGUUGUGGAGAAGUGGGCUGCGGAAGCGUGCCGCAAGAAUAAUCUGGAUCUGUCCAGGGUUAACCGGCGUCAGAUGCUGGGUGAUGCUUUAUUUCAUAUCCGGUUUCCUUUACUGUCCGAUUCUCAGCUGGUUAACGGCCCGGCUAAGAAUGAUUUGCUGCUCGAAAGUGAACUGCUGGCAGUCUACAAAUAUAAGCAUGCCAAGAAAAAACCGCCCCUUCCGUUUCCGGUUGAACCGCGCAAGGGCGUGAAUCGCCUUUCAGCUAGUUUCCCUGAUGUACCUGAUUUCCAGCACUUAGAUCAGGUGUUUGCUUCCGUCGAAGGCGAAAACUGGCAUGCCGGAGAGAUUGUAGAAAAAGCGUCAUACGGUUUCCUUGUCAAAUUAAAAGGACACACGGUUAGCUUGUAUCAGUCGAAUCAGCUGGUGCGGGCCUCGGAUUUCCUGAAGCGAGGCCAGCCGAUUCUCUGUAGCUUCCGUCGCAUGAACCAUGAAACAUCUGAGCUGUGCCUUCAACCACAUGGGCCGCAUUGGAGGUAGUGGCAGGCAGGUUGAAGUAAACUUCAUGGAUUUGCGUGUAAGUCGCUCGCAAAUGGCGGCUUGGAAAAUUGCAAACCGUUAAUUACCAGGCAAGCGGGAUGUCCGGAGUUGUUUUCGGCCUUUCAGCUGUCCUUUGCCUAAUAAAAUAAAGUUGUUUAUGUUAUGUGUUUCUUAUUUGCUGCAUAAAUGGACGAAACUCACGAUUUUCAAGAAGCAAUAACAUCAACGAUGUAAUUGUCUCGAUACUAGAUCGGUCAAGAAGCGGCAUUGUCGUGUCUGCAACUCUGCAUUCUUCUGUGUCAGCUGCUUGUCGAUUAUGUGAUUGUAGUACUUAUCCUCUAUAAUUUAACAUUUUACCCGCAGUUUCGGUAUUGAAUUAGUUAAUCUUCUGGCAUGCCAGCCGUUCGCCGACUGUACAGAUACUGUUUGCCGCAUCGGCAAUUAUGGAUUACAAAAAGGCAGACGAUCAUGCAACUGCGUAUCAUGCUGAUAACCAACCAUGACGAAUCUGGCUGUUCAUGUGAAGUACAACGAUAGCCUCGAUGGAAUGCUGGCAAGCAUUAACAAGAGAAGUUAUAUUGUGGGAAUCCAGUCUCGAUGCGUACGCGCUGGAAUGCGGUUCUAUGAUUAUUCAAACGCACACUCUGAAACCUGAAACGUCGUUGUGGAUCGGACCGAUCGGCUGAUUAUCUGCUGUAGCACAGAUUUACGAGAACAGAACUGCGAUUUUGGGUAACUGUAAUAAUGUCUGAAAACUGCACAACCUCCCGGAUUAGCGAUUGGCGAUGUACAAGCCAUGGGAUUAGCAAUCUCCUGCAGCACGUGUUGGCUAGUGGACAGAUAAGCGACGUGAAAUUUGCAGUCGGACACGAGCACGGAACAGUGAGAGUGUUUUCCGCUCAUAAAUUUAUCCUCAGCCUGAACAGUGAUGUUUUUGAUGCAAUGUUCAAUGGGGAGCUAGCCGAAAGCGCUACGGAGCCAAUCAAAAUUCCGGAGAUACUGCCGGAAGCAUUCGCUGUUAUGCUCCAAUACAUGUACUCUGGUUCAACCGAACGGCAUCUCCAGACCGAAAAUCUGUUCCAGACUAUUUACUGUGCCGACAAGUACAACUUGCCGAUGUUGCUGGAAGCGUGUCUGAAAUUCGCCCGGAGCCAACUGAAAAUUGACAACUGCCUAAUGUUUCUGGACUACGUCAACCGUUUUAUGCAUAAUGCUGCUACUGGUGUUUUUGUGGAGAAGCGCUUGGCAAUGGUGGAUGCAUCUGCCACCACCAUUUUUCAGUCGGAUGAGUUUGCUGCGAUUGGUCAAGACACACUGACGAUGCUCCUGCAACGUGACACAUUGUUGGCGGAUGAACACACCAUUUAUACGGCCGUAGAAAGAUGGGCUGCUGAAACAUGCCGGCGGAAUAAGCUGGAGGUGUCCGGCGUUAAUCGGCGCAAAAUGCUGGGCAUAGCCGUUUUUCAUGUCCGAUUUCCGCUGCUCACCGAUUCUCAGCUAGCCAGCGGCCCUGUCAAGAAUGGUUUACUACUGGAAAGUGAAGUAGUGGCUCUGUACCAGUAUAAGCAUACCAUGCCGAACCGUCUCUGCCCUUUCCUGUUGAGCCACGAAAAGGAUUAAGCUUCCAUUUCCAGCUCGGGGAGCGAGUUUUUGUUUAUAUCGAUAACCAGAAUUGGCACCCGGGUGCAGUCGUGGACAUUAAUGAAUCUGGCAUUACAGUCAUGCUGCACCGCGGACUGAUUAGUAUAACUACACCAGAUCAUGUAGUGCGAGCUGCGGAUAUCUUGAGAAACGGCCAACCCGUUUUUUGUGACGGAAUGGAGGCGUGCCACAUUACGUAUGUUUCAUCUCAAGGUGAUCGGCACACCAUUCGAUACGUUCCCUGCGCACCGGCACAGCUUAUCAGCGGAGUUCACUUCCUGGAACUUCGCAUUGGUCGCGAACAGAUGACGGCCUGGAAGGCAGCCAACGGCCACUAGUUGUCGAAUACUGGCGAACUGUAACGGCCUGGCAACAGUCUCAUGGUUCGUUUUGAAAACACGGAAAACAGGCUGUGCUAUCUGCAAUCAGUGUUCUCUAUAAAUUUAUAUUAUUGUGUUUUCUCAUUUUUGUAAGAUUUUCAAGUUCCUCGUCUAUAGAUGUACCUACGUACCGGUACGUACAGACGUUCCAAAAAGGAAGUUAAGCAAGCU